AUGGCAACUCCCACCCACACGUCCACUACACUACCCACCGUCACGGCACCAUGCACCCCCGACACGUGCCCCAUCGACUGGGCCCUGAUACGGUAUUUCCCAAACGUAGCAGGAAAUGCCCUCUAUCUGGCCCUAUUUACCAUGAUGCUCAUCGCACAACUCUACCAUGGCGUCCGCUUCAAAACCUGGAGUUUCCUCGGCUGCAUGAGCGGAGGCCUUCUCCUGGAGGUUAUUGGCUACGCGGGGCGUCUGAUCCUGCAUAGUAAUCCCUUUAAUUUCUCCGCGUUCUUGCAAUACCUCAUCUGCCUAACAAUCGCCCCGGCAUUCAUAACAGCCGCAAUAUACCUCUCCCUGAGCCGAAUAAUCACAAUCUACGGGUCGGGUAUCUCACGCCUCCAGCCCGCAACCUACGCAAAGAUCUUUGUCACCUGCGACAUUCUCUGCCUCGUUCUCCAGGCCGCUGGCGGAGCCGUCACGGCUACGGCGGGGAGGGAUCAAGAUGGCUUGAGGCAGACGGGGAUCAAUAUUAUGAUCGCUGGGCUCGCAGCGCAGGUCGUUUGUCUUGGGGUUUUCAUGGGGUUGGCGGGGGAGUUUUUCUGGCGGGUGAAGAGGGAACAAAGGUGGAGGGGGCAGGACCAUGAAGCAAGGGGAACAUCUGGUGGACUUGACUGGAAGUGGAAGGGGUUUCUAUGGGGACUCGCAAUUGCAACCCUCCUCAUCUUCAUCCGCUCCAUCUUCCGCGUCGCAGAACUAAAUGGCGGAUUCAGCAGCGACCUCGCCAACGACGAGGUCUCGUUUAUGAUUCUCGAAGGCGCGAUGAUGGUCGUUGCCUGCGGCUGUAUGACGGUCUUUCAUCCGGGACUGUGCCUUGACAGAUAUUGGAGGGACCCCGGGUCGUGGACUGGGAAGGAGAGGCGCGAUGGUGAGGUGAUGUUGGGUUGUGUUGGUGGGGAGGAGAGGUGA